AUGUUCAAGUACAAUAAGUUUAAGGUUCGCAUCAUUCAAGAGAAGGUAACCACUCCGACCACCACUGUUUAUCGCUGUGGCCCACUGAUUGAUCUAUGCCGAGGUCCGCAUGUGCGACAUACUGGCAAAGUCAAGGCAUUGGCAGUGAUCAAAACGUCAAGUUCCUAUUGGGAAGGGCGAUCGGAUGCGGAAACUUUAACUCGACUUUAUGGAAUAUCUUUUCCUGAUUCAAAGCAACUCAAAGAAUGGCAAAAAUUACAAGUUUGUUCUGACUUGUUGAGCUAA